AUGAGCAAUAAAUAGCAACCUGUGAUUUGAUCACUGUGAACGAAAAAUCGCAGAUCAUCAUAUGAUCUAGUGCGUGCCAGCAUUGCUAUUGCUAUUUCAACCGAGCUCUUAUCGUAAGAGCUCGGAUUUUUUCGGUAAAUGUAUUCACUUCGUGCCAUGUGCUCACAAACUCGUAAACAAACUUGAACAAGCGUGUUGUUGUAAAAUAUUCACGAAUUUGUGCAAUAAAAAAGAAUGUCGUCAACACAAAGAAGAAAAAUUAGUGAAAUAUGGUUGUUUUACGACCAGGUAGAUGAAUUUUUUGCCAAAUGCAACUUAUGCAAAAGGGUGUUUUCGUACAAAACAAGCAUAACCAAUUUAAAAAAACAUUUGGAAUGUAAACAUCCGACUGUAUCCAUACCAAGUUCCAGUACUUCGACAGCUAGAAGAGAUAGUACAUCUUCUAACUCACAACAGAGUGAAUCUCAACCAGCAACACAAAAUCAAAGAGUAGUUCCGAUAACAACGUAUAUGAAUAGGCCAUUAAAUGAAAGCAAGAAAACCACUCUUGAUAGUAAGCUCAUGUUGUUAUUUACAAAAUCUCUCCAACCCUUCAAAUUGGUCGAAGAACAAGCGUUUUGUGAUUUUAUACACGAACUUAAUCCGAGUUAUCAGUUACCAAGCAGACAUUUUAUAUCACGUACUAUGCUUCCGGCAUUAUUUGAAAAAUGUAGGUUACGAGUAAAAGAAUUACUUACAGAAGCAAAGCGGAUCUGCAUAACCACAGAUUGCUGGACUUCAAUUAAUAAUGAGGCUUACAUUGCAGUGACUGCACACUAUGUUGACGACAAAUUUAACUUAAAAUCGCUUCUCUUAGAAUGCAAGAAUUUGCCAGGAAACCACACCUCUGCAAAUCUUGCCGAAUGUCUUGAUACGGUAGUGACAGAUUGGAACAUCAAAGAGAAGGUAUUAUUAGGAAUUUCCGACAAUGCGUAUAAUAUUGUUAAUGCAAUGGAAACCCGAUUAAAGUGGAAUCACUUUGGUUGUUUGGCGCAUACCCUAAACUUAAUAGUCAAUGCUGGACUAAAAUGUGACGAUAAUAUUGUAUCCAUAAUAGAAAAAGUUAAGAAAAUUGUGGCGUUUUUUAAACGAAGUACUACAAGUAGUGCAAAAUUCUUAACGUAUCAGCGGAACAAUGGCAAUAAUAAUCCACUUAAGUUGUUGCAAGACAUCCCUACGAGAUGGAAUAGCACAUUCUAUAUGCUCGAAAGAUUUAUACAACUUGAAGAAGCUGUAAAGGCAACAACAGCGCUACUAAGUACCAAUCUGCCGAUUUUAGAGCAAAAAGAAUGGCAAAUUCUGAAAGAAUUGGUACAAAUUCUAAAACCGUUUGAGUCGGCCACAAAAAUAUUUAGUGGUGACACUUACGGAACUGCAGCAAUUGUUAUACCUGUCGUCAAUGGUUUAACUGAUAUCUGUGCAAAACUGCUACAAAAAGAUUUAUCUGAUUGUAUAAAAAAAGUAUUACAAAUAUUUCAAAGUGGUAUUAAGAAUCGUUUAGAAAAAGUCCAUGAAAACAGAAUUCUUUGUGGGGCCAGUUUCUGCGACCCUAGAUUUAAGUUACAUGCUUUUACAAAUCAAACAGCACAAGGGCUGGUUAAGGAACAAAUGAUAUCUGCUGUGACUGACAUGAUUGUUAAGGUAUCGAAUUCGAAUGAAGGUACACAAGAUCAAAAUAUUCGCAUAAAUUCCUCAGAAGAGGUGAAUGAUGAUGAACUUUCGGUGUGGUCCGCAUUUGACAAAAAUACAUCCGAUAAAGCUGUUCCUCAAGAAACUUCCUCAACAUCAACACGCGCUAUUAUUGAAAUCGAGAGAUUUCUCGAAUGCGGAUUAAUUCCUAGAAACGAGGAUCCGUUAAAAUGGUGGAGGAUCAAUGGAUAUCAAUAUCCUUACCUAAAACGUGUUGCCCAAGAAAAGCUCAGUGCUUUAUGCACUUCAGUACCAUGUGAACGGGUAUUUUCAAAAGCAGGCUUGGUUAUUACAGACAAAAGAAGUCGUUUAAGUACAACAAAAGCCAACAUGAUUUUAUUUUUGAAUGUUAAUGGAAUUCACUUGUAAGCCAAUAGUUGUUUCGUUGUCGUCCAAGACUCCCAAGAGUUUUAUUUUUAAGUUGCCAAAGAGUUUACUUUUGUUUUUUAACUUAUUAUAUUUUACAUAGUUUGUUCAAUACAUGUUUAUGUUUUUUUAAUGUUUUAUUUGUGUUCACUACCAAUAUACAAUAUAUAUUGUUUAAA